GGGCGCAAGAUGGCGGCGGCGGCGGCGGGGCUGGUGGCGGCGGUGGCGGUGGCGCUGGGCGGCAUGCUGAUGGCGCCUGGCCUUACACAGCCGCACGGGGAGGGCCCGCCCGGGGGGAUCGGGCCCCAGCCCCGGCCCCGAGAGGGGGUAGCGGCGGAGCGACGGCCCCCGGGCCGGAUGGACCAGGCCCUGCUGCUCGUCCUCAACGAGCUGCCCGAGCAGGGCCUGCGCCUCGCCACCCUCUCCGGCUCCUGCCACCAGUGCCUGUAUCAGUACCUGGCUUUUGUCCCGCCGAGCGACAGGAGCCUGCGAGCGCCCGGCGCGGUGUGGGUGGAGGUUGAUGCCCAGCAUCCGCUCACCCUGCAGCUCAACGGCUCCCUGGCUGGCACAGAGCUCUGCAGGAUUCAGUAUCAUUUUGGAGAGUUUGGCAAUUACUCCCUUGUGGUAAAGCUCCUAAGUAAAAGCACCAAAACUGUUUCUUGUGACCUGGUCAUCAAUGAAGGCCCUAUCAACAGCUACCUCCCUAUUCUUUUUGCUUUCCUGGUUUACAUGGGACUCUUUGCUAUCCUGAUUGUUGGCCACCUUUCUAUGAAAAUUAAUCCAGUCAGAAACUGGGUUUACAAGACACUGAACCCCAGGGAAACUGAUCGCCUGAUUAAUUCUGAGCUGGGGUCCCCGGAGGCAGCAGACCCGGCCAGCAGCGAUCCCAGCCCGCCUCUGUGGAGCGCGGCCCCUCGCCAGCGCCUGCGCUCCCUGGACACCUUCCGAGGGCUCUCUCUUAUAAUUAUGGUGUUUGUUAACUAUGGAGGAGGAAAAUACUGGUUCUUCAAACAUGAGAGCUGGAAUGGAUUAACAGUGGCAGAUCUGGUGUUUCCAUGGUUUGUAUUCAUCAUGGGGACAUCAAUAGUGUUGUCACUGAGCUCCAUGCUGAGGUGGGGAAGUUCCAAGCAGAAGGUGCUUGGGAAGAUCCUCUGGAGGAGUUUUCUGCUAAUCCUGCUGGGAAUCAUAGUUGUGAAUCCCAAUUACUGCCUUGGACCAUUGUCCUGGGAUACUCUGCGGAUUCCUGGGGUGCUCCAGAGGCUGGGAGUCACGUACCUGGUGGUUGCUGCUCUUGAACUCCUCUUUACAAAACCUGGGGCUGAGAGUGGGAUCUUGGAGACACCAUGUCCUGCUCUGCAGGAUGUUCUUCCCUACUGGCCACAGUGGAUUUGCAUUCUGACCUUAGAAGUGAUAUGGCUCUGCCUGACCUUUUUGUUACCAGUGCCAGGUUGUCCCAGAGGUUAUCUUGGUCCUGGGGGCAUUGGAGACUUUGGAAACUACCCCAACUGCACGGGGGGAGCAGCUGGUUACAUUGAUCGUCUGCUGCUCGGGGAAACGCACAUCUACCAGCAUCCCUCUUCAAAUGUGAUAUACCAAACAACGAUGCCAUAUGACCCUGAAGGGAUCCUGGGAACCAUAAAUAGCAUUUUUAUGGCAUUUCUGGGACUCCAGGCAGGAAAAAUUCUCUUGUUCUACAGAAACCAGCACAAACAAAUUCUGUGUCGCUUUGUCACCUGGAGCACAGUGAUGGGAAUGAUUUCUGCUAUCUUGACAAAAUGUUCUAAAGAAGAAGGGUUCAUUCCCAUAAACAAGAACUUAUGGUCAAUAUCCUAUGUGACAACCACAAGCUGCUUUGCCUUCAUCCUCUUAUCACUGAUGUAUUACCUUGUGGAUGUCAAGAGGCUGUGGUCAGGAGCUCCAUUUUUCUACCCAGGAAUGAACUCAAUCCUGGUCUACAUUGGACACGAAGUGUUUGAGAACUAUUUCCCUUUUAAGUGGAAGAUGCAAGACACUCAAUCACAUGCAGAGCAUCUGACUCAAAAUCUCACUGCAACAACUCUCUGGGUCAUAAUAUCAUACUUACUUUACAGGAGAAGGAUAUUCUGGAAGAUCUGAGAGAGGUGGGCAGAUGUAGAGGGCCUAGAUGUUGAUGGGGAAAGUUCAUUAGGUGGAUUAGCCUGGAAUACUGCCCCUCAUUCUAGGCUGUGACUAAAAAGGGAUACCAGUUCAAGUUUACAGUGCCAUGGAAGUUAAGGGAUAAUAUUUUCUUCCUUAGUAAAAGGCCUCCCAAUCUGCUGCAGCUGCUCUCUGUUUCCUGCAUUUUGUAAAUAUUUGACUGUUCUCUCUCCUUCCUGUAGACAGACUGAGCAUGUUGGACCAGAAAGGCAGUCAAAGACAGCCUGGUGGUGCUUAUAGAAGGGACUGCAAGGGGCUGUUGGGGUGGCACUAUUUCUUACAGCGGUUUCAUCUGACAAGGUGCCUCCUAACUGGGUGCCCUGGGGUCUGUAUAUACCCUCAGCACAUCCCACGUGCCUGUGCCACUCUGGCCACUGGCACACAUUUAACUCAGCCAGCUUCAUGACUCAGAAGCACUGGCAGCAUCCUCAGCCCUGCACUUGAGUUGGCAGUGCAGGGACUGACUGGAGGAGCUCAAGGCCCCCACUGUGCUACAGCGUGCUGUGGAAAGUGGUGACUCAAGUCAUCGUUCUUCCUUGUGUUCUACUUUGGUCUUGGAUCAAAACCUCAGUGGUAGGAUCCUACUGCCAAAGAUCUUUUCUCCUGGCCUAUUAACCAGCACGUCGCUGCUACAGGUUUAGCAGCGCCCCUCUGCAGGCUCUCGGCCUUUGUGUGACAUGCCUCCAGCAGGGAGGUGUGAGUUUCACUCUGCAAGUGCAGAAAGGCCUCUUCAGAAAUGGAGUUAGCCAAGGACCCUGAACCUGAAAACCAACAAUACAGGCAGAAUCCAGCCAAAAGGGAAGAGAGAGCAGACCAAUUCCAUGUAAGAUAAUAGUUUCUGGCCCUCGGGAAACUCACUUAUGCUGUGAUUUGCAAACUAGUGCUAAUAAAAACACUGAACUACUCUGCUAUA